AUGGGCUGGGAUGGGACGGCGAGGAAUAAAUUGCUCCCCACCCAGCUGCGGUGCGACGCCCCCAGCGUCCCAGGGGAGCCUGUGCGUCAGCUAGCGGCUGGCCAAGGCGGGGCCGUACAAAAGCUAGCGCCGCGGGACCCCCUUCAUGGGCUUCUACCCGAGCAGAUUGAGCUCUGGAGGCCGCUCCACGAGCGAGCUCGAGCCACGGAGGGCUCUCAGCUCGGACAAGCGUGGCUGUCUAAGAGCUCCAAGCUCCACGGAACUUUGAUUUUAUUCCCGGGAGCCCGGUCAUCCACUUCUGCAUCUCAGACAAGCGCCGGAGGCUCGUGCAGCUUCCGUGCGUCCUAGCCCUAGCCGCGGGGCACCCACCUUAGUCAUAGCCCAUGGUCCCCGCGCUGCUCACGCCGCCGGUUUCCCCACUGCCCAGUCUCCCUCCGCCCGAGCCCUGCGUCUCUGUUCACAUUGGAACACCCCCUCACCUCACCUCAGCUUUUUACCGAGGGGUGUGUGUGUGUGCGUGUGUGUGUGCAUGCGUGAGUGUGUGUGUACAUAGCUCGCACGCUCCAGUCUAGAAAGAAGGUAACGAAAAAGUCGCUUCAGUCUCCUGCAGCUUGGAUCCCACGUCCAAGUCCGACCAUAUUCAGUAUUUGAGAUUACAGUUUGCAGCAAGGACCAAGGCAGGGGUUCCCCGGAUCAUUUCAACUGAGUUUCAGUGCAGCAAGGAUUGUUUAUCAUUAUUGCUAAGACUGACGAAAAUAGGUCAAAAAUAAAGAAUAGUUGCAGAGAAAGAAGUGGAAGCAUUUUAGCAAAGAUCAGGAACCAAAAGUGGUUGGAAUGGAUUUCUCGAACAAGAGCAUCCACGAUGGAUAAAGGUGAAAGGCACAGACUCUCACAAAACCGCUUCAAUACGUGAUGGGAUUAAAAAAUAGGACCAUGCUUUUCAACAUAGACUACCCAUUAGUUCUCUGUUAAAUGCAUUAAACCAGCCCCAUGGAAUGAUUACAUGGCAGCUUUUUAAUGUACAAACAAGAGGAUUCUAAAACGGAUGCACACAACCCGUUUAUAGAACUCACUCUGUACACACACACACACACACACACACAUUCAUAAAGAGACAAAGUUUUAACACCGAUACUCCGAACUCGUAAAUAUAUAUUUUCUCAAACAACUUCCCCUAAAUAUAGUAAUUUUUUUCUGCAUUUCCUUGCUGACCUGUGCGACAUUAUAGUUAUAGAGUAGGCUCCCAGGAUCGACAUAAUUCUACUUACAUUCAUCUUGGAUGGCACGUCAUAAAAUGCCAGGGGGGAGGGAACCUUGAGGGGCUUGGAGAAGAAGGCUUUUAUUAACAAUUAUAUUCUCCCCUAGCAGUUUAAAUAAUAACAAUGAUGUCACGGUAACCAUCUCCCUUCUCCCACUCCAGUGAAACCACUAGAUGGGUUGGUGAACUGUUCAUUUGUAUACUUAAUUAAGGGAUUACCGUUGCUACACAGUUACAAAGGUGGCAUAAGGAAUCUCUGAACAGUAGAUUGCUGGACAUUUGGCAUGUUUUAGGACUCAUUUACCUGCCAAAUCUUAUUUCAGAAUAAGAAUGAUAAAAUGUUGUUAGUUUGUGCCCAGCAUAGUUUUGAAGGAAAAUGGAACAAAAAUAAGUUGCUCUUUGAAAAUUGCGUUAGUUGUAGGGGAAAAAAAAAUUCCCCUCAGCGGAAUGAGCCGGUUUCGCAUUAUAUUAAAUGAGGAUCAUAUUUUACCAACCCAGGUGGUGUUUUAAAAAUUCUUUCAGACAACAGUGAUAAGAGAGGAAGUAAAGAGCACGCAGACCCCUGCCCAGCCCGCACCCAUGUUCACAGUGUCUGGAGCACACACUCUGAACACAUCGGGACCCCCACCCCCACGAAUUCGCCCUGUUUGGGACUCAGUUUCUGAGGACAAGAGUUCGUUCUCGGUGGAUCGCUACACGUUGAACAAUGGGUAUUUGCGAAAGGUCAACAUUCAGGCUAUAUAUAGUACAAUGGCAUGGUGGCGGGAAAACACUUUUCAUUGUUUAACAGUUACUAAAUAAUUAAACUGCCCUGCAUAUUGAA